ACAGGGCAGUGACGUGUCUGUGAAGGAUCUUGACUACCUUUUGUCUCUACUUGAGGAAAAGAAGAGAAAGAUGGCCGGAGCAAGAAGAAGCUAGGGUUUGAAGCCAGUAAACUCGCUAAGAAUACAAGGAAAUGGUUAAGAUUGAAGCCAGUAAACUCGCUAAGAAGCAUCCACGUGUCUUGCAGAUGGAAUGAGCUACUAGGACGGUGGUUGACUGGUACUUUCAUUCCGGCAGAAAUAUUAAAAGUACAAGAGUUUGUGUUCUGUGAUGUUUACCAAGGCUUCAUGCGUAUCUUGUCCAACCCUAAACACUAUGGCAUCAAGGAAACAAGAGGAGCAUGUUGUGGAAUAGGGUGGCAUGGAGCAGCAUCGGGGUGCGACACCAUGGAGAUGGUUUGCAACCAAAGUACAGCUCAUGUAAUCCUUCUGAGGCCGUCAAUUAUCUGCUGGCCGACUCUGCCUGGUUCGGUCAUACAUUGGGUGACAUCUUUCAUCCCUUGAGCGUCCGAGCACUGGUGAACAUAGCUUCAGCAGCAGCAGCAGCAGCAGGUGUUCUGGCAACAACAGUUAUCGAUUACAAGCUAGAAGCAGCAGCAGCAGUUCUGGCAGAAGUAGAAAGCAGCAAUUCUGGCAGCAGCCAGUUGAAACAAGAACAAAACCAAGCCAGCCUAAAGAGUGUUUAUUUUCACCAGUUGCUGGAUUUUCUUGAAGUUCUCUACCUUAACUGUGACUAUCACCGUUGGAUAGAGAUCUUCUGUCAUGAUAUCAGUGUGCAUAUUCCUCAUCAUAUCUCUCCUAAAAUUCUAAGUCACGCACAAAAUCAAAAUAUCUACAACUAUGGCGAAACCAAGAAACACAAGCAGAUCCACAGUCACUUUAAUCUGGUCUUCUCAUCUGGCAAGCUUCACUUCAUCCCUUUUUCUUAUUUUGAUUUUCGUAAUUUGUGCACAAUUGUCAAAUUAGAAUCUCGAUUUAAUAUUGAUUGAUUGGGUACAAUAUUCUGAUACAUAAUUUGUAUUGUAUUGAAAAAUUUGCUUGAAAACAUUCUUUAGGUUCUUUAGUUCAAAGUUUGGUUCGAAAACUUCAUUUUUGCCUAAAAAUGACCUAGAACGACCCAAUUAGCCUUAAAUGUGAAAUAAUAGAUUGUAAAGAGCCUUAGAAAGUUAUAA